AUGACUGAAAAAGCUGAAGGAAACAAUGAAACAGUAGACAAUGUUACAGAAUCUGGUGAAUUCAAUGCAUCACUGAUAAAACAUUCAUCGUUACUACAACCUCCAUCGUCGUCAUCAUCACUGAGAGAUAUUGUUGUCAUUAAUAACAUAACUCCAGAGUUGUCAACCAAGUUAAGAAAGACAUGCCUUACAAAGGGAAUUUUAUCCAUUUACACUGAUGAUGAAACAUGCAAUGAAAGCAUUACUAAUAAUGAUAAUGAUAAUGAUAAGGCGACUAAUGAAGGAUUGGACCAUUCUAAUGACGCUAAUAAGGGUACUGAUUUAUGCUACAUGAUGAAAACCCAAAGUGAUUGUACAAAACACUUAUAUCGAUAACAUUUAUUUCAGAUACAUUCAAACAAAAGCGCAAAAGGUAUAUCACUACAUGAUACUGAUGAAGACGUAAAAGAUUGUAACACUGAGUAAACAAAGAGGACCAUAGUAAUAGUAACAAUGUCAAUAACACUGAAGUACGUCUUAUUAUAGUGGGGAUGAACAUGAAAAACUGGGAGAUAUUACAAGAGCUAACUUCUACUUUCGUUCACCCUUU